GAGAGAGAGUGAGAGCACCAAAGGAGAGUCGCCAGUCUUUCCUUAAUAUUUUUUUUUUUCCUUUCACUUGUUCAAGGAGCCAUUGAAGGAAUGCAGUUGAUCAACUUGGAUAAGCAAUCAAAUCCUAGGGAAUGUCCAACGGAAGGCCGUGGGUAGGAUGGUGGUUGUGGUGGUGGUGGUAGUUGAAGAUGAGGAGUAGCGGAAGUGGCAGUGGCAGUUGGUGGUGGUAUUAUUUUUGGCUAGUUGGGGGAAGGGGGCAAGAGUCCAGGGAAGUUGCACAGCCAGGGAUGGAUGCAGUUCCAGGGCAAGCAGUCAGAUGGGGGCCAGCGGAUAGUUAAUAUGGCCGUGGGGAAAUGGGAAGGGAAGGGGGAGGUGGAGGGUAUAAAAGGGGGACGUGCAGUGAAGGAUAAGGGGGGGCAAAUGAUAUAUAUGCAAAACAAGUCCCCCAAACUAUAUCACGAUGAGGACGAAGAAGAAGAGAAGCCGGAGAAAGAAGAAAAGCAACAAUGCAAGACGAAGAUCAAUGACUUGACGGGGACUCGUCGGAAAGAGGAAAAACGAUCAAACACGCCAGAGAGAAAUAGGACGGCGUCCAGGGACGGAAAAGGGAAGAGACAGAGAGGAAAGAAGAAGUAUAGGGAAUAAGACGGAGCGCGGAAGGCCAGGUAAAAAUAAGUAAAUAAGUAAAAAUAAGAUUAAUAUGG